AUGUGGAAACCCUCAGAUAUACCUGGUUAUUAUUAUGAUCAUACGAAAAAGCGUUACUUUAAAAUUGAGAAUCAUGGAACACCUGGAUUUGUUACGCAAAAGGUGGUGGAUACCUACUUUGCCAAUUCAGAAAUUCAACGUAAAGUUGAUCAAAUGCUUUCUAUCCGCAGGAGAAAAUUUCUGAACAUUCUUCAAUUAUUGAAUCGUCGCGAAACAUCAAAUUCACUCUCUGUUGAUGCUGUAUAUACAUGGCCACACUGUUAUAUUAUAAACAAAAAAUGUAAGCAAACGAUACCAGUAAAAGGACAGAUCCGUAAUGCUUUGGUGUAUUCCAAUAAUAAUUCACUUUACACAAUCAGUUCCAAUUCCCUGACAAUGUUUACUUUCAACUGGGGUGUUUGCGAAUCAGUCGAUAAAAAUAGUAUGAGAUUCGAGUUAUCUGAAACAAGUAAAAUACUUCCCACCCAACUGGGAUGCUUUCGUUUUAUUGAUAUCUCCUGGUAUGUUCCGGGCAAGGAGCUCGCGUUGUUAACUGAGAGUGCAUCGGGAGGUUGCUUGAUAACUCUUAAAAUUGCAGGGGAAAAUCACGCAUUACUUCGCAACUGUCUGUUCCGUUUAAUCCUUCCCUUUUUCGCUUCUGUACGUCAUAUUUAA